CGGAUCUGAUUGUUUGAUGAAUAAAAUAAAGCGUCACGGCACGUUGCGGUCCAUAGUGUGUAUGUAUGUAUGUCACAGCAAUUUAUGUACAUCAUACUGACAUACACUCUGUCUGUUCUGUUCUCUUAUCGGUCGAGCCGUCUGCCGGGCCCCCAGUCGUCCCCACGCCCGUCCCACCGCCGCCCCAGCCACCCCCAGAACGACCCCCACGCGUCGCUCAAGCAUUCGAACACACUGAAUGACGACCGCUCACGGGAGAGCCACAGCAGCAGCAGCGCCACCGCCAGGAACCCCUGACACAUAGACGGCCGCAGGGAGUCCAAAGACAGCCAUGACGAGGGAGGUGCGGCGCGGGUGUGUGGCUGUGGUGUGCUGUGCGAGUCGAGUUACCUGAAGGGCUUUGUCCUGCCUGAUGUGGUGUAUCGCCGUGUGUGCCGCCAGCACAGUGUGGUGCACACUCGGCCAGAACAGAAAGGGCAUCACCUCCUAACACAGCGCAACACACACCACACAGACACAUACAGCUCGACACACACGCACAUACACAGUAACAAGUGUGUGUGUGUGUGCGCACCGCACCGCACCGCCCCUCACCUCCACCACGAGCAGCGUCCCGUAUGUGUAGACGAGCCGUCUGAGAAGGGGGUACUCGUCCAGCAGCCUCUCCGACAAGGGAUAGGCACACGCCAGCAGAAACGACAGGAUCUGGAACCGUGGCGAUAAGGGCAGGUUGGCGUAGUAAUCGAAGAGAUUGGCGUUGGAUGCGGGAGGGAAGUCCGUCAAGUAGUAGCGGAGAUCUUCUCGCCACGCCAGAUGGGUCACGCGCCUCAUCGUGAGCAAAGAAGACCUCCUGAGAGCAAAAGAAGGAACGAUGCAGGCACAACACAGGAAGAAUCGAUGGAUGGAUGGAUGGAUGUGCAGUCCACGUGAAUACUGAAUAUUCUUACCACAUUUGUGCCUCGUCUGCUUUGCUGACGAGCGUCGUCGGGGCGCCCUGGACCGCCUGAUUGAGCAUGGCCGUCAGGUUGUUCUUGGCUCCAUCAAGCGCACCCCAAAACCCAUCACCAGCCGUCAUGCUCACAGCCUGAAGGUAGCCUGAAGGCUCUUCCCAGCUGCUGCGACGCGAGUCUGUUUGUCUGUGUUGCCGUGGCUUCUCGUGACGAUGGUGGAUGCCGACAGGGGAUGCUUUCAGCAGCUGACGGAGGAGGUCUGCGC